UGGGGCAAGUUAUAAUUUGGAGUGUGCAAUGAUGAUGGACAAGUUGGUUUCCUUGUUCGACGAGUACCAAGCUGAGUCUUCUUUGAUGAAAGCAAAUGAUGAAGCUAGGAAUGCUGCCAUGUCAAACAAUCAGCAAAGUGAGUCGGAUUCUCUCAUGAUGGAUUUUGACAACUUCUCCACUAAGAUGCCUACUAAGGCAUUGAAAUCUGAACUUGAGAGUUAUUUGGAGGAGCAGCUCAUGCCUCGGUCAACUGAUUUAAAUGUGUUGGAGUUUUGGAGAACUCACGAGGCACGAUAUCCUACACUUGCUCGGAUGGCCAGGGAUAUCUUGGCUAUCCCAAUCUCAAUAGUGGCAUCUGAAUCUGCUUUUAGCACUGGUGGUAGGGUGCUUGAUGCUUAUAGAAGCUCUUUAUUGCCUUCUGUUGUGGAGGCAAUUAUAUGUCUUCGUGACUGGGUGUUUGGACAAGUAAAAAUGGAGCCUCAAUUGGAGGAGCUAUGUGGAGCCAUCAUGAAGAUGAAGGUGGAAGAACAAGUUGACGCGGUCGUGAAUGUUGAUGACCCAUCCUCACCCAUAGUUGCUUCACCAGGAACACAAGAUUCCAACAAAGUGUGAUGAAUUAACAAUUUAUUAAUGCGUUGUAACCUAUUUGAAUUUUAGUUUUACGUUGGAUUUGGUAUGUAUUAAACUUUAAUUUCAUAUUUGGUGAUGUAUUAAGCCUUAUAACUUUUGACAGGGCAUUAAUUAAUGGCAAAUAUUGCCAGUUUAAGACUUA